GAGCAACGGCUUACAGCACGAGCGCGCCGUCUCCCCGUCCCCAUGGCAACAGGCCCCGCCCUCCCUGCCUCUCCUUUGGGAAGGCUUCGCUUCCGGCCGGCGGCUGCGCGUGGUCGGCGCAAGCCCAGUGCGAGCCUGAUACCGCCGACUCCUCACGCGGGCGGGAUGAUGCAGGGGGAACAGAGUCCAGCUACUUCCCUCAUUGACAGAACCAUCAAGAUGAGGAAAGAGACUGAAGCCAGGAAAGUGGUUUUGGCUUGGGGACUCCUUAAUGUGUCAGUUGCAGGCAUGAUUUAUACUGAAAUGACUGGAAAACUGAUAAGUUCAUAUUAUAACAUUACAUACUGGCCACUGUGGUAUAUUGAACUUGCACUUGCAUCUUUGUUCAGUCUGAAUGCCUUAUUUGACUUCUGGAGGUAUUUCAAAUACACAGUUGCACCAACUAGCUUAGUUAUGAGUCCUGGACAGCAGACCCUUCUUGGGCUUCAGAAUGCAUCAGUACAAACAACUCCACCCCGUGAGCUAGUGACAAAGAAAGUCCCUUCUUCAACACCUUCUCCUCCAAUCCUGGGUCAGAGCGUGCUGAGUUACAGCCCAUCUCGCUCACCUAAUACCAGCCCAAAGUUUGCCACUGGUUGCAUGACUGGGUACAGCCCCCAGCUACAGGCUUUGUCAGGCAGCAGCGGUUCUUAUAGCACUGCUGUGACCUACUCACCAAACAGCAACUACAGUAAGGUAUCCAGCUUUAGUCCCUCUCCUGGGGGCUCACCGUACCCCACCAGCAUUGGACCAGUGGAAAGCAGCGGGCUGAGGUCUCGGUACCGUUCUUCGCCAACUGUGUAUAACUCCCCUAUUGGCAAAGAAGACUAUAUGACAGACCUAAAGUCCCUGGACAGCUUCCUUCAAAGUGAAGAAGAGAAGCAACAUCGAGUUCAACUGGGGAGUUCAGAUUCCAGCUCUCCUUCCAGCAGUCCGACUCUUUGGAACUACAGCCGUUCCAUGGGAGACUACGCACAGAUGCUGAGGAAGUUCCAGUACCAGCUGGCCUGCAGGUCCCAAGCCCCAUCAGCACACAAAGAUGAAGCUGAUCUGAGCUCUAAGCAGGCUGCGGAAGAGGUUUGGUUGAGGGUGAUAACGAAUCGACAACUACUCAAUCAUGUGGACUCAUGGACAGCUAAGUUCAGAAAUUGGAUUAACGAGACUAUUUUAGUGCCACUUGUGCAAGAGAUUGAUUCUGUGAGCACUCAGCUGAGAAGAAUGGGGUGUCCAGAGUUGCAGAUUGGAGAAGCCAGUAUUAGCAGUCUGAAACAAGCCGCUCUUGUUAAAGCUCCACUCAUCCCCACACUGAACACUAUAGUGCAGUACCUGGACCUUACACCAAACCAGGAAUAUUUGGUUGAAAGGAUCAAAGAACUUUCUCAGGGAGGAUGCAUGAGCUCAUUCCGAUGGAACAGAGGAGGGGACUUCAAGGGCCGUAAAUGGGAUACUGAUUUGCCCACUGAUUCUGCUAUCAUUAUGCAUGUGUUCUGCACUUACCUUGACUCCAGGCUGCCUCCUCACCCAAAAUAUCCUGAUGGCAAAACAUUUACCUCGCAACACUUCAUUCAAACACCAGAUAAGCCAGAUGUUUCAAAUGAGAAUGUGAUUUGCAUCCACCAGAGCACCAUCAACCCUCCCCACUAUGAGCUUAUCUACCAGUGCCAAGUCUACAAUCUACCCAAGGGCAGAAACAACAUGUUCCAUACCUUGCUUAUGUUCCUGUGCAUCAUAAAGACAAAAGAAUCUGGGAUGCUCGGGCGAGUAAAUCUUGGCUUAUCAGGAGUGAAUGUUCUGUGGAUCUUGGGAGACUAGUACAUCGUGGUUCACUGUGGGUGGCCUCCACCCUCACAUAGUGAGAAACAAUUGUGCAUCUCUGUGAUAACUGAGUAGCUUAUUACACUUGUGCCUUGAACAUAAACCUACAACAAUGUACUAGUGUGAUAUCCUUGUGAACAUAGGAUACGUUUACAUUCAAUACACUGUUCGCAUGAGAACAUGCUUCCAGCAUUGAAAUACUCCUACCAGCUUUUAUUGCACAAAGACGUCUCUUUACAGCUUCUCACCUUCACAAGCCCUACUUUAAAAGCCUUCACCAGUCUUCUGGCUGAGUUGCCUUCCAGAGGCCAUCACUGCUGAUACUUGAAUUAGAAGCAACUCAACGGUACCCUCACGAGCUUGGGGAAUGAAUUGUGAGCCCAUCUUAUCUACAUGGCAGGGUAGAAUACUACAGUGAAACUUGGACUGCCCUACUAAGGUUGUACACUGCUGCUUGGUACUUAUUACUUAAGUGCUGCCACUUGAAAAAUCAGUCACUGCAAGUGUGGCCAAGUACAAGAUCCACAUGCACUAGGAAAUGCUGCAUAACCAGGAUUCUCUUUGGCUUAUGCAGAAAGGCUUGUGGCUAACCAUCAUUGGAGUACCAGAGUAGUGGGAGUUUGUGGCACCACCACACUAUUAAAGUGACUGCACUGAAGGUGUAAGUGAAAGAAAACUUCAGACCCUACACACCAGUUAGAUUAUAUUCUUAUGGACCUUUUUUUUUAAACAAAAUAACUCAAUAUCUUUUAAACUUGAGUGUGUUUGGGGCAACAGAACGUUGCUGAUGUCUUGACUGCAACUGAAGUCUUGCCCUAACAUCAUUUUAUUUUUU